AUGACGUCUCCUGGAAACUAUCUCAUCUGGAUUACUAUUGCCCACCUUGUUCCUCAAACUGGAUUCUUCGCUUCGAUUUCUCUCGGAGUCAUCUUGCUCGUUUUGAACUUCUGUGGGGCACAAAAAAUGUUCGGGUCGUACAAAUAUAUAAUCAGUGCGUUCACUCUAUUGGGUAUGAUGUUCGCUACUAUGGAGAUCAUUGUCUAUCCGAACGUGCACAACUACAAAGCCGGUUUUAUAUUUUUCACUUUUAACAAACCAUUUGGCAUUGAGGAUUUUUCGUGGAGGAGUUUUUUCUUGGGAAGCUACACAUUCUUUUAUUCUGCUACUGUUGCUUUAUUGUCCGUUCAGUUUAUUUAUCGAUACUGGGCGAUUUUUGAUGUCGAAAAGUUGCGGUUCUUCAAAGGAGUUUGCUGGCUGAUCUGGCCAAUUUUUUGCUCAUUUUUCGGUCUUCAAUACGCCCUUGGAGUCUAUGUUUUUCUGAAGAUGGAUAAUAUUUCAACUGAGUAUUUUCGAGAAGAAUUACUCAUUAGAUAUGAAGCAAAUGUCUCUGAAAUUCCGUCCAUGUCACUUGUAGCCUACAAUCCGUUGGAUGACUCAGUUAGGUGGUGGAAUCUUAUGGGUUCUGUAAAUAUAUUUGUGAUUGUGAAUCUGCAAUAUGGUAUUAUGAUAUACUGUGGAUGGAGCAUGCAUACUCAAAUGGAGGAUAAGAGUACCAACUUUUCGGAUGAUCUUAAAAAACUUCAUAAACAAUUUUUCAAAACGUUGGUUUUGCAGAUCACUGCUCCCACUCUCAUUCUCUUCAUUCCCAUCUCAAUCAUCAACAUUGUCCCAAUAUUCAAUCUUGACAUCAGCCUUCCAUCCGGCGCUCUAUUAUGUUGCUUCACACUCUACCCAGCAAUGGAUUCCAUAAUUGUGAUGUGUGUGGUAUCAGAAUAUAGAAAAACUGCGGAAAGAAUUCACAUGGCUGUUCGGAGAAUGUUAGAGGACAUUUGUGGGUCUGGUAAUGAAACAAGCGCAGUCAAUACUACAAAUGCAACAUCAGAACGGGCAGUUUCGAGGCGAUCCGCAAAAGUGCAGCAGGAACCAGUUGGUCUUCAGAAUUAG